AUGCAGGGUAGGGUGUUUGGAGGUAUUUGCCUCCUUGCCUUCCUGUUAUCUGGGAGUCGGGGUGAGGAAUUAGAUGCUUCAAAGCAACCAGACGAAUUAAAUGUAGAAUCAAUAAAAAGCAAGGAGUUAUCACCAGAAGAUGUUCGGCAAUCGAGUGAAGAAUCCAAAAAGUUAAAGGCAAUUCCUAAUGAUCUCAAUAUUACCAAAUCAGCCAUACCAUUGGAAACUUUUAAAAAUCAAUUAUCAUCAGAGGUAUCGGAUGAACCAAGCAAAGGCUCACAAUCCAAACAAAGAAUUUCACCAACUGCUCAAAAGAAUACAAACGACUAUCCACUGGGGUCCGUUGUUAGUGAGCAAGCUAUUGAUGCUAAACCAUUGCCUUCGUACUCACACGUUUCUAAGGAGGAGUCUACACGUGACACACUCGUAAAAAAUGAUGGCAAACAAACUAAAAACAUGGAUGGAACUCAAUCUAGUGAGAAUAUGAACGCAUACCCGUAUAGUCCGCACAGUAAAUCGGAUUCUACUUCUAGCAAAAGUAAUGAUCUGCGUAGUGGAGCACCCAAUUACCCAUUUUUUGAAAACAUAGGAAUGAAUUCCGCUCAAGCAUACGCUGGAGCUCUUACUAAUAGCUUUUCUCAGAACAAUCAAGGAUUCAAUCCUUACUCUUAUGGCUAUCCUCCUGGACCAGAUGCUAAUUCUGGAAACUCGGCUUCCGCCAGCGCGUUCGCACAGACGUCCAGUGGGACCGCCAAUGCACAGUCAAGAGUAAUAUGGCCAAGUGAAUUAAUAUUUCCAAGUAAAAUACAAGGAAGUGAAAAUACAAUACAAUGCACCAAAGAGAACGAGUUAUACCACUUCUGGUCCCGCAACUUCGAAUGUCUGGUGUGCGUGUGUCUCAAUGUAUAUGGUUUCCUGGAACCAGUAUGCGCCAAAUGCACAGGGUGUCGGCACUCUAACCCUUCAGAGAUUCCAAACUUUACUACCGAACAAUCACUUCCUUAUCCUGAGCCCUUCGUACCUAUUCCUCUACCUGAUUCUAUCAUGCCUUUUCCUUUACCGAAUGUAGAUCCUUAUUCACCCUCUGCGUCAGCUCCAUCACUUAUAAUAGAACCUUUAAAUGAACAAGAUUUACAGACCACACCAUCACCACCAGCACACGAAGUAGCAGCCACUUGCAGUCCACUGCCGAUUGGCAAGACAUAUACGAACCCUCUGCAUCCUUGCCAGCUUUGCAUAUGCAGAGAGAUGGUUACAGAGUCUGGUGCAAUUGAAGUCAUAAUUCGGUGUCAAGACAAUCUCGAAUGUGUACCUCUCUGCGAAAAAUUUCCACACCAUGUGUCAUUCCCACAUCCGAUGAAUAGAUGCAAGGUGUGUCAAUGUUCCCUGGAAGUAUCACAAACUGGUCAACUAGAACAGCAGAUUACCUGUUACCACGACACGGAGUGUGAAAAGUUACUAGAAGAUACUACAGAAACAGCAAUUCCACCGGCCCCGCCUAUACCGAUACCAGUAGAGCCAUAUGCUAAGCCUAUUUACGAACCAGAGCUUGAACUGAUACCUGAAAACAUCUUGGUUCCAGUCAAGCCCCCAAUCAGGAACACGCCGAAUACACCGGUAGAACUACUACCAUGGCCACCUAUAUCAACACCUGCUCCUCCGCCGAUGCCCUUUUCACCAAGGAAGGGACCAUUACCAGGGCCGCCUCCACAUGACUCCUGUCGGCCUUAUCCACCGAACCAACCAUUUCAGCAUCCUUGGGACGAUUGUCAAGUCUGCCAAUGUUCUGUGAUUAAAGCUGUAGGCGUCGUGAACGUUGAAAUUACUUGCUAUACGAAGCCAUCUUGCUAGAACGGCAUAGUUUACACAGAAGACAAUCAAGCGUUACUAAAUAGACCUCUAAGUAGCUCUGUUAAACCACCAACACUGAUAAGACCAUACAAUCCACAUAAUUUGCAAAAUCAAGGCUACGGCAAAACAAAGGUUCUAACUGAAAAUUUUGAUUUAUACAAUCAAGGAGGUGCCCAAAAUCAAGCGUAUGCUGCAGCUAAUGCUAUAUCGCAAAACUCAGGAGAUUUAUUCAAUCAAGGAAAUACAGGAGCAAAUAGCUUAGCUUAUAACAAAGGAGAUUAUAAUUUACAAGGUUUUCAAAAUCAAGGACAUUCUGCUGCUAAUGUUAUUGACCAGAAUACGGGUCCAUAUAAUUCAAAAGAUUUCAGACAUAAAGAUUUAGUUGAAGCUAAUGCUAUGGCUCACAGCGAUGUGAAUAGCCUAUCAAAUCAGUUAUCUGGACCAUAUCAAUCGCCACAAGGGAGUGGACAAUCACUAGCCGAAGCGAAUGCAGCUUACAGUUCUCAACGACCCUUCGAGCCUUAUAAAGUACGAAUUCCUCAGAAUCAAGGAUACGCCGAAAGUAAUGCUUUAUCCCAAAACACUAUGAAUAAUCCCCUUUACCCUGGGUCAUAUAAUUCAGCAAAUGCAUAUGGCAGUGCGGACGGACAAGCGGCAGCUGAAGCAGAAGCAGAAUAUAAUAGCCUUCCAUUAAUAAGUUCUUAUAAUACAGGAAGUCCUAAGAGCCCGGCAUUUUUUAGUUCAAUUAAGACAAACGAAAAGCUUUUAUCUUCCACCUAUAAACCUCCACUACAAUAUGAUCCGUAUAAUUUAGAUGCUACGCAAAGCAAUCUUUACCCUGAGGCAAUUCCGCAGUACAAUGAUCAUAGAAUGAAUACCCAAAAACCUUUAAAAAUUGGACAAUUAAGUCCGGGAUUUUCACAGAAUCAUGCUUCAGCCCAAGCAAAUGCUCAACACAGUAGCAUUCUGGCCAGCACUUUUAAACCUCCAGCGUUAUAUAACCAAUUCAAUCCAGCAAUUUCACAAAACCCAGUGCGUGCUACUCCUAACGCUGUGUAUAAAGGAACUUUUUCAAUGACUGACAAACCGCCACUAUUAUACAACCCCUAUAAUUCAGGAGGAACUCAAAAUAGUUUAGCUGAAGCAAUUGCUCAAGCACAAGAUUAUUCACUGUAUUCCCAGCCAGGGGCUCCAGUUAGGGCAAAUUCAUAUGGAUUUCCACAUGAAUCAAACUAUUACUACCAGAAUCCUCACCCGACCUACUCAAGUAAAGCCAAUACUGGAUUAAAAAGUCAGCACAAAAAAAGCCCUAUCAAAUUUGCCGGAAAUUAUGACUUUAAUGGACAGCCACAAAAAAUCUACAGCCCUCAAAGCCGUUUUAACCCUUAUACGGGAUACUCUCAAACCUUGCCAACUUCUAAUUUAUAUUCUUCACUUUAUCCAAAUAACUACGAUAUAUCUCCUUUAUAUCGUCCUGGACAAUACGGAUCAAGUGCUCAAAGUACUGCAGAAGCAUUUGCUGGAUCUAAAUCACAAACUAAAUCUGGUGAUGCGUCAAAAGGCCAUGAUAGCUUUGAAGUUUCGAAAUUAGCAGCCCUCACUCCAUAUCUGAUGCAUAUCAACGACCUACCAAAUGUAGCUCACUUCAAAGAUGCGGAGCACCGAGGGCCAGCUUGGUAUGAUUACUCCUUGAGAUCGAAAGAGUCGGCAAGUGACUUGGAAAGUGGUAUCAGUUCUAUCAGCGAAGCUUCAGAUUCAACAGAGUCGACUGAGAGUCAAUCUUCAAGUUUUGCUUCUUCUAAAGAUACAAGAGAACGAAGAAAAGUUACUGAUAUGCAUCGAGCUUGCACUCCCUGCCCCCACGAGAUGAUGAAGAAUUUUAAGAAUAUUGGUAUCAAAUGGAUCUGCGGCGCCUAUCAGAGAGCCAGGCGCAGUUUCAAGAGCGUUUGCAUGAUGCGUUUUCGGAACUGCCAGGAUGGGACUAUGUUCGUCAAGAUAGCUGAUCAUAAAUGUGGAACUGGAGGUGGGAAAAUGGCGGGUCUUGCAUUAUCAGCUAUAUUUGAAAACAAGAAUGAAGGCAAAAUUCAGAAGAAAAAAACAACGAUCAAAGGCAAACACGACAGAUCAACGUCGUCUUCGUCCAAUGAAAAGAAGGUGUUCACAAAGAUAGCAGAUCACCGCUGUCCAAAUGACACAGACGCACCAUCAAACUACAAGCAUGGUGAUCAUUUUUUCUACGACUACUCUGUGGACCUCAGCUUAGAUACUUCCGAAUCAGACUCCGGGUCUUCUUCAUCUUCUAGUAAAACUAAGAGUCAGUCUACGUCAAUAGACUCAAAAUCUUGGGAUUCGGACAAACUGGGAAGCUUCGAGAGAAAUGUUAUAAAUGAUUUCGCGUAUAGAAAAAAAACUUAA